GGCGGAGGGCCGACAGUUCCCGCCAUUUUGUCCCGCUCACCACGCCGCUGGCCACGGCCACUUGCAGUGGACUACAAAUCCCGUGAGGCUCCGCGGCGGCACUUCCUACCUUCACUGUCCGGCCCGCUCCCUCCGCCCCCCCCCCCCUCCUCUGGGGCCGAAGGCUCUGGCUGGAGCCAGGCGGCCAGAGACCAGGUAGGAUUUCCGGGAGAAAGUACUGUGGAGCCCGAGGAGGCAGCGGCGACUUGGUAACUCCUCCUCCUCUCCCUUCGCUGGCUAACAGUGGCAUGGAAGAUCCAGCUGAAGAGGCAGAGCAGCCAUCUGGAGACCCAGGCAUGGUCAUGGACAGUGUGGACGCAGGGGACUCAACGCCUCCCACCAAAAGGAAAAGCAAGUUCUCAGGCUUCGGCAAGAUCUUCAAGCCGUGGAAAUGGAGGAAAAAAAAAAGUAGUGAUAAAUUCAAAGAGACAUCAGAAGUUUUAGAGCGAAAAAUAUCUAUGCGAAAACCAAGAGAAGAGCUGGUUAAAAGAGGGGUUCUGUUGGAAGACCCCGAGCAGGGUGGUGAGGACCCAGGCAAGCCGAGCCAUGCUGCACUAAAGAAUGGACACACCACCCCCAUAGGGAGCGACCGCUCCUCCAGUCCCGUCCCAGAGGAAGAAGAGCCCGAGAGAAGCCUCAGGGAUCUUCCUCCAGAAGAUGGUCCAAAGAAGAGACUUGGCUCAGCUGGAAGCCAGCCUAGCUCUGAAGCAGAGCCUGGUCCUGAGCACGCACCUAAGCAGCCUCUGCUGCCCCCCAAGAGACCCUUGUCCUCUUCUUGUGAAGCAAAUGAGGGACAAGCGAAGGAGGUCCCAGCUGGCAGUACAGCAAGGUCCGUCUCCUCCACUUCUGGCUCCACCGCUGUGACACCUGCUGACACUGCUGCUGCCACAGACUUGACAAAGACUGUUAAGUCCUUUGUGGGCCCCACUCCCGCCCCUGCCCCCAGGACUCUGCCUGCUGCUCCUGCCAGCUCUAACACUACUGCCACUCAUACGGCCCCUGCCAAGCAACCCCCCAUCCCGCCCCCUAAACCAGCUCAGAGAAACAGCAAUCCUGUCAUUGCUGAACUCUCCCAAGCAAUGAACAGUGGCACACUGCUGUCGAAACCAUCCCCACCCUUACCACCCAAGAGAGGCAUUCCAUCAACCUCAUUACCCAGCUUGGAACCUGCUGCUUCAUUCACAACUAAGACAGCAAGUGAUCAAAGAGAAAAAACUGUCUCUUUGUGUUUGGAGCCACCGCUGAUAAUCCCACCUUUGUCCCCAUCACCCCCACUGCCUACUCACAUACCUCCAGAGCCUCCAAGGUCCCCUCUAGUCCCUGCUAAGACUUUUCAAAUUGUGCCAGAAGUUGAGUACUCCCCUUCUUCAGAUCUAUUCCAGGAUGUUUCCCAGCAGGAAGAUCAGAAAACAGAAGUUCCCAAGAAGAUACAGGACCAGAGCUUUGGGGAGUCCCAUAUACCCUCCAGGCUGCCCCCACUCCCACUGCAUAUCCGAAUUCAGCAAGCCCUUACCAGCCCCCUUCCCGUGACCCCGCCCUUGGAAGGCACUCACAGAGCUCAUUCACUGCUUUUUGAGAGCAGUGACAGCUUCUCCGAGGACACCGGUACCCUGGGUCGGACCAGGUCACUUCCCAUCACAAUUGAAAUGUUGAAAGUUCCAGAUGAUGAAGAGGAAGAGCAGAGCUGUCCGUUUGUUGAAGACAUGACGUCUACCUCAGCCACUCCGAAACUACCACUGUGUCUGCAAGAGGAAGAGAAGGAGAGCGACUCAGAUUCAGAGGGUCCCAUUCAGUAUCGAGAUGAAGAAGACGAAGAUGAUGAUGAUGAUGGAAGCCAUCAGAGUGCCCUGGCCAACAGAGUGAAGAGGAAGGACACGCUGGCGCUGAAGCUGAGCAGCAGACCCAGUGAGCCUGAGACGAACCUCCACUCUUGGCCUCGGAAAAGCAAGGAGGAGUGGAAUGAAAUCCGGCAUCAGAUCGGGAACACGCUGAUCCGGCGACUGAGUCAAAGACCAACAGCAGAAGAACUGGAGCAACGGAACAUACUACAGCCUAAAAAUGAAGCUGACCGCCAGGCAGAGAAACGGGAGAUUAAGCGUCGGCUCACCAGAAAGCUCAGUCAAAGGCCAACUGUGGCUGAACUACUCGCCCGGAAGAUUCUGAGGUUUAAUGAGUAUGUGGAGGUGACAGAUGCUCAGGACUACGACCGGCGAGCAGAUAAACCAUGGACCAAACUGACUCCUGCCGACAAGGCUGCCAUAAGGAAAGAAUUAAAUGAAUUUAAAAGCUCGGAGAUGGAGGUUCAUGUAGACAGCAAACACUUUACACGCUACCAUCGCCCAUGAAGCUGAAGCCGGAGGAGAAAGGAACUAAAGGACCAUUGGAAGAGGCACAGCAGAGCUGUGUUGUCUCCAGGGUGACCAUAGCACUUCCCGCACAGCAGAUCUGCUCAGGGCAAACAGCGCUCGUAUGCACGCACGUAGCCUUUCUUUGGUGUGGAUCCUUGCGUUCCCCUUAGAGAGAAUGAAAUGCCGAUGCUUGGAGCCUUUACCAACACUGCAGCAGGCUCGAGGGCUUCUCUCCCCAGCCACAGAAGCACAGGGCCACCUGCAGCUUCCCUAAGACAAGUGUGUGGGCUGAGGCUGUUUGAGAGACCAUUAGCCUUACCUGUCUGCCCUGUCUGAGAGGCUCAUGGACGCAUAAUUCCAGCCAAGUCCUCUUACCAGGAAAAACCCUUCCAACAAAGGCCACUCCCAGAAAAGUGCUUGGCCCUCCCUGGCACCAGUUCAGAAAUGGCGCUGUACCGACUCUCAUCAUACGGCCUGACAGGAAGGAAGCCAGCCCAGGCUCCCGCCUGUCCCCCCUCCAUCUGGCACUUGUCAUCCUAGGUCCUUCUUGUUUUGAGACAAGAUCUUAUACUGUGGCUCAGCCUGGCCUGCAAACUCACUGUGUUUCCCAGGUUGGCCUCAAGCUCCUGUCUCGGCCUCCCAAAUGCUGGGGCUUUAAGCAUGAGCUCCAUGCUCUCUGGAGGGCCGCCCUGGCCCUUAUUUUAAAGUGAGCUUAAAGAAAUGGGGGAAUUCAUCCAUUACAUAGUCUGAGCUGUAAUCAGAAUCCAAAUGAUCAAAUAAGAAAGCCAUGUGCAUUUUCUAUGUACUAACCAAGAAAAAGGCCCUACCAUUAAUGCCAGUUUGGCAGAGAACUGACUCAUGGGGUAGACUUUAUUAUACGUUCCUUGUACCAAAUAAUACUAGAAAUCACUUCGGCCUGUGGGAGCACUGUGUGGGAGCACUGUGUGCUACAGAUGCCUGUGCUUCUAGCCAGAGCCCCCUCCUUGGUGCUGCUGGCCCUCCUCACUGCACAGUCCCUCUCUACUGCAUCAGCCCCUCCCCCUCCUGACACUGAACACCUCACUUGCCUUUCCAUUCCAUGUUGUAGCCAGUGUGGUUGGUGCCUGUAUUUUCUCGUCAGGCCUCUCCAUUUGUAUUUGGGUGCAGAUUUGGUUUGUGUCUCAAAAAACUUUUUUCCUGAAACCCACACAGCUUCACUGUCCCGCCUGAAUUCUAUUUACAUUGUACGUGGAAGAGAAAUAUAGCUGGGUUUGUCUCUUCUUUUUGUUUUAGUCUGUACCUCAGUAUGUAGCCCAGGCUAGCCUUUGACAUGAAGUCUUCCCUACUCAGCCUUCUCAGUCUGGGAUCAUAGACAGCAACAUCAUACUCAGCUUUUACUCACCUUAAUAUCUAGAGGAUAUCUGUGAAUUUAAAAAUAUUUUUUUUUGCUUUAUUCUGUUUCCUGUCUGUAUUCUUUCAGCAAUUUCCUCCUCCUUGUCAACAUCACACUUAUUAAAGAGUUAGAAUAUAGGGAAAACGAAAAAGCUAAAGUGACCUUAAAAUUAGUACUUUCCUCUGUAUGGAGGAAAAAGUGCUUUUGUUUGUUUUUUCUCUUACUGCCAUGUAGUUUCUGGCUAUGGAGAAAAGACUGAGUCCCCAUCUCCUCAAAGCUUAUAUCGCUUGAGUUAAGAAGGGAAGAAAGAAUUCUGUUAAGUCUGUGAGAAGUCUAGAUACAAGGUUGCCAGAGCCGCUAACCUUUGUGAUUACUUUUAGUUCAGUGCUCCUGAUGGGAGCUCAGUUCUCACGAGCAAGGCUGGUGCUCUGCCCUUGCUCAGCCCUUCUCCAGCCCAGCUUCACCCCUGCUCCACCCUUCUCUGCCCCAGCUUCACCCCUGCUCCGCCCUCCCCUGCCCCAGCUUCACCCCUGCUCUGCCCCUGUUUCUCCCUUCUCAGUCCCAGGUUUAGAGAGUUCUUUGUAUAUGCCUGUGCUGUCUGUGGUGUAAUAACAUUUUUUAGACAGGGUUCAUGUCCUCACUACUAGCCAAGGAUCCCCUGCCUCUGCCUCCAAGUUCAGAGCUCACAGGCGCGCCCACCAUACUUGCGGGCGAAGUCUUCUCACCCUGUUGCCCUCCCUCACGGUGCCAAGCCUGAGCUCCUCGUCCGCUCGUGUGCGCCAUCAGGGCUCUGACUGGCUGUUCAUCUCAUUUGUCUUCUGAAGCUGACAUGCUAGGGCGACAUCUAGUCCGCGGCUUUGUUUUCAUGUGUAUAAAAGUUGAUUAUGUGUUUCCUUUCUGUAAUUUGAAGCUUACAGUCAUAAUGUAAAGGAGUCAAGCCUAGUGUGUUGUUAAGAUGCUUCCCUAAUGUACAGAAUCUUGUAAAAUAAAUAAUUACAUUGUA